AUGAAUAUUGUAAAAAAAUCUGAAAAUUUACUGCAAGUCAUUAAAAAUGUCAGAAAAAUAUUGUUUGAUAAGAUAAGGGAUAGAGAUGUGGAAAUUUGGUUGAAUCGAUUGAAAAAACAAAUUAAAGUAUGUAAUUUGACAAUUAAAAAAGGAGGACUGCAUGUAGGUACAAUUAGGAAAUUACAAACAUACAUAGGACAUUUCAAACAUUUUAAACAACUUAUUUCAAAUAGGAAUAUAGGUAUGGGGCUGAAUAAUAAACUGAAAAAUAGAGUUAAAUGGGAAAAUGUAGCGUCUGCAUUUACAAGAAGAAUUAAAACCGGACUUAUAGUAAAUUUAUAUCAUAAGGACUUAACGAAAUUUUUAAAUGAUUGUCAAAUAAUUUUUAAAAAUAAAAUAAGGGAAAUUUUUAGGAAAAAAUAUUCUGUUGUUGAAGUUUAUGUUUGUUUUUGUGGAGAGUUCAUUAAAAAAUCUGGUGAAAAUGAAAUUUAUAGUUUCCAUUAUUUUAUGACUAAAAAUUCUAUUAUCGAUGUAUCGACCGAUAUAGAGCGAUGGUUUUUCGAGAACGUCAAAGAUAAAAUUAAUUUUAAAUUAUCAGAAUUUCAAGAGAGGGACUCUGGUUUUGCAUUAAGUAAAAUUAUUUCUUUAGAAGUAAAUAUCAAUAAAUUUGAAAUUGGAAACGGCUCAUCUUAUAUUAAACUUCCAGAACCUAUUCAAAAAAAGCGAGGGUGCAUAAACAUUAAAAAUUCUGACCAAGCAUGUUUUUAUUGGUCAAUUGUUAGUGCUUUGUACCCAGCCAAAAAUAAUUAA